CGCGCCCAUGCGAGCACGCGCUUCGAACGUCCGAGCCUGGGUCCACGCGUCCCGUGCCGGAAUCGCCGCAGCGUUCGAACGCCAUCAUUUCGGAGUUGUGUGCACAGCUGAGAAGCAGUCAUGAGUUUUGUGCACAGCUGAAGCCUCAGUGACCAUUCAGCUGCUAUGUCCACGCUGGAUGACGACACUGCGCUGGGACAUAUAUCGGAGCACCUCAACAACGCCGUGAGAGCCGACGAAGGGGUGUCUCUCUCCAGGCUGCAAGGAAUCCUUUCGCAACUCCCACCAUCACUCCGGGGCCGGUUCGGUCCCACAAUUGAAACCAUACGGUUGGUCGCAGGACGAUUUCCCGGAACGAUUGUUGUCGGUUCGGACAGCAGAGUUUACAUGUCCGCACAACCUCGCGCAUCAAGCAAAAACAAUGAAACAAAGAGCGCCAACUCGACUGAUGCACCAAUUGAGCUGCGCAAUGUCACUGGGAAAAUAACAAAAGUGUUACCGUAUUACGGUUUUGUGGAUUUGUCACACCCGCUCCGAGAUAGUGUUUUUUUCGAGAAGCGGCUCUUCCAGGAAAACAGGCACUUUGACCUGAGAAAGUCUGGGCUCAAGCUAGGAGACAUAGUUAUAUUAGACGCAGUAAGAAGCCCACCAGGCCACAGAGCCAGGUAUCAGGCCACUCGAAUAGAACUGCGUAGAAAUAUAGCCCACACCAGCAACCCCACAACGAAGCAGGCGGCCUUCCAACCAAAUAAUCACGGCAUGACCAAUGGACUUGCUGGCACAAUCCAAGCCGUGAAUCCAUGCCAUGCGUUUAUAUUAUUUGGUCAGGGCAACAAAGAUUGUGCCUACGUUUCUAUUGAUAACGUAGACAAGUCCCUGCUUCAGGCGGAAAAGAGCCUAAAUGACAUUUUUAGCGUCGGAGACAAGGUCCACUUCGAUGCACAGCCACAUCCAAAGCCGACAAGCUGCGCCAAGUGGUGGGCCACCAAUGUCAAGAAAGUGCAGUGCGCUGAACUUGCCCAGGCCAACGACUGCGGAGACGAGGCCUUACUGUGAGACAACGACAUCGCCGAGCUUCUGCUUGACCUAAAAGAGUUCUCUGCGCGGAGGAAGCUAUCUGGCAUCAGAGGCGCAUUCUUCCCAAACUCUAAGAACACGGGUGUCGUAUCCGCCUAUGACCAGCA